AAGCCGAUACUAAUUUUCAUUAAUCUAAUGGAAUUCUAAUAAAAUUCUUUGGUGUAUUGUCGCCUAUUGCGACUCUUCUUCUUCUUCUUCCUACAUUAUUUCUAUUUCCAAUUUCUUGUAAUCUUCACCUCUCAUCUCUCUAUUCAAUUACGGAGUUUGCUUUUGACCUUUGAAUUUUCUCUUUUAUUAUAUAUGAAAAUGAUGAUGAUUUUGAGAGAUUUCAAAUCACAUCAGCCAACAUUAAACGCCAUCAGGAAAUAGUAUUCUUUCCUCUUUUUCUCCUUUCAAGAAAUCCUUCUGCUGUUGUACAUCCAAAUUAUACCAACCCAUUUAAUACUAUAGCUUAGACUGGCAAUAUUUGCUUUGUUUGUCUGUCUGUUUCUUUAUUCUUUGUGUUGUUGUGUCGAUGAUAUUUAUUACUGGGUAGCUUUUCAGUUCUUAGAACUCAUUGAAGAGCAGAAUAUAAUUUAUUAUUGCACAGAGACCUCUCAUAUUUUACUGUUUGUUUUGAUUACCAGUACAAGUUGUUAGUGUUGCAUUUUUGUUUAGCUGGGACAAUUUUUGGUGAUUUUGGUAAUUGCCGAGUUCUGGUGAUUUUUGACUGAGAUUAGCAUCUGGGAAAAGAAAAAUUCACAUGUAUUUUUUGAUUUUCAAUUGUGAAAUGCUGAAAGAUUCUUGGAUCUCUAAAUCAUGUCCCAACAGCGCCCUCUAUUAAUUCCUUCACAACGAACUCCCGGUAAAGAAGAACUACCAUAUACCCCUGUUUUGUUAAAAUCUAUUUCCGAGAAUUCCAAAACUUUUUCUAGGAUGGAUUCAAAUUCGAAUUCCCAGUUUGAAAAUGAGAAUUCUCCACUUCCGGAUUUUAUCCGGAAUACCUCAUCCCAGCGCAGUACUUCUUCAAUACAGUCGAUUUAUUCGAAGGCCUCUAGCGGGCAUUCUCCACUCCCGGAGUUUAUCCGGAGUACCUCAUCCCAACGAAGUACUUCGUCAAUACAGUCGAUUCAUUCGAAGGCCUCCAGUGGGCAUUCUGUUAGGGAGGUUAGCUUUGAGCUGGGAUCAAAGCCUUCGGUCAGGCACGGAUCGAUGGGUGCUGAUUCCGAAAGGUUUGGCUCCUCCUAUAAAGAGAUUAAUGAUCAAGAUGCAAGGUUGGUUUAUCCAAAUGAUCCCGAGAAAACAAAUGAGAAGUUUGAAUUUGCGAGGAACUCCAUCAGGACUGGGAAAUAUUCAAUCUUGACUUUCUUGCCCCGUAAUUUGUUUGAGCAGUUCCAUAGAGUUGCCUACAUAUACUUUCUUGCGAUUGCUAUACUCAAUCAGGUUCCGCAGCUGGCUGUUUUUGGUCGUGAAGCUUCAAUUUUGCCGUUAGCCUUUGUGUUAUUAGUUACAGCUGUUAAGGAUGCGUAUGAGGACUAUAGAAGGCACCGUUCAGACAAUAUUGAGAACAACCGAUUGGGAUGGGUUUUGGUAAAUGAUCAGUUUCAACAGAAGAAAUGGAAAGAUAUACGUGUUGGGGAGAUCAUUAAAGUUUCUGCAAAUGAAACUCUUCCUUGUGACAUGGUACUUCUGUCUACGAGUGACACGACUGGAGUUGCUUAUAUCCAGACGACUAAUUUGGACGGAGAAUCAAAUUUGAAGACUCGGUAUGCAAAGCAGGAAACACAAAUGAAAAAUCCAGAGAAGGAAAAGAUAACUGGGUUGAUCAAGUGUGAGAAACCCAACAGGAACAUAUAUGGUUUCCAAGCAAACAUGGAAAUUGAUGGAAAGCGUGUUUCCCUUGGACCUUCGAACAUAAUCCUUCGUGGUUGUGAGCUUAAGAACACUAAUUGGGCACUUGGGAUUGCUGUUUAUGCUGGUCGAGAGACAAAAGCGAUGCUCAACAACUCCGGAGCUCCAUCCAAACGAAGCCGUCUUGAGACAAAGAUGAACCGAGAGAUUAUUUACCUCUCUAUAUUUCUUGUCGUAUUGUGUACAAUAAUAUCUGUUUGUCAUGGUGUUUGGUUGAGGCGCCACAAGGAAGAUUUGGUUCUGAUGCAAUUUUACAGAAAAAAGGAUUAUUCGGAACCUGACGUAGAGGAUUAUAAUUAUUAUGGUUGGGGUAUGGAGGUGUUCUUCGUAUUCCUCAUGUCGGUUAUUGUGUUCCAGAUCAUGAUUCCCAUAUCAUUGUACAUAUCCAUGGAACUUGUUCGGGUUGGUCAGGCUUACUUUAUGAUCAGAGAUAAUAGGAUGUUCGAUGAAGCCACCAAUUCAAGAUUUCAAUGUAGGGCUUUGAAUAUAAAUGAAGACUUGGGGCAGAUAAAAUACGUUUUCUCUGAUAAAACUGGUACACUGACUGAGAACAAGAUGGAAUUUCAAUGUGCAAGCAUAGGAGGUGUUGACUACAGUGGUGGGAAGGCCAUGGAUGAAGAUGAACAGACCGGGUACUCCACUAGAGUUGACGGGCAGGUUUUCAAACCAAAGAUGAGGGUAAAGGUGGAUCCGGAGCUUCUCAGUUUAUCAAAACAAAAACACACAGAUGAAGGCAGACAUGUUCACGAUUUUUUUGUAGCAUUGGCCACUUGCAACACAAUUGUGCCUCUGGCUGUGGAGACGUCUGAUCCUGAUCUGAAGUUGAUAGAUUAUCAAGGGGAGUCUCCAGAUGAACAGUCAUUGGUCUAUGCAGCUGCAGCUUAUGGUUAUAUGCUUAUUGAACGAACUUCAGGUCAUAUAGUUAUUGACAUUCAAGGGGAAAGGCAAAGGUUCAAUGUUUUAGGUUUGCAUGAGUUCGAUAGUGACCGGAAGAGGAUGUCAGUAAUACUCGGAUGUUCGGACGAUACGUUUAAGGUAUUCGUAAAAGGUGCAGAUACAACCAUGUUUAAUGUGAUUGAUCGGUCCUUGAACUCAAACAUUGUAAAGGCAACUGAAGAUCACCUUCACUCAUAUUCCUCAAAUGGUUUGAGAACACUUGUUGUUGGAAAGCGGGACUUGAGUGCAUCUGAAUUUGAGCAGUGGCAAUCGUCUUAUGAGAAAGCAAGCACUGCCGUGAUGGGGAGGGCAGCUUUACUCCGUAAGGUUGCUUACAACAUAGAAAACUCUCUUAGCAUAUUAGGUGCGUCUGCAAUUGAAGAUAAAUUGCAACAAGGAGUUCCAGAAGCAAUUGAAUCCUUGAGAAAUGCCGGUAUCAAGGUUUGGGUUUUGACUGGGGACAAGCAAGAAACAGCUAUUUCAAUUGGCUACUCCUCUAAGCUCUUAACAAGUAAGAUGACCCAGAUUGUAGUAAACAACAACUCUAAGGAGUCGUGCAAGAAAGGCCUAGAAGAUGCUUUGGUAAUGUGUAAGAAGCUUACUAAUGACUCUGACACUACAAGAGGAAAUUCUGGAGCUAGAACGACAGAAAUUGCAUUAGUUAUUGAUGGAACAAGCCUCGUUCAUAUUCUUGACACCGAACUUGAAGAAAAGCUCUUUGAAGUAGCCAGCAAAUGUACUGUGGUAUUGUGUUGUCGAGUAGCUCCAUUGCAAAAGGCUGGAAUUGUUGCCCUGAUGAAAAAAAGAGCUAAUGAAAUGACCCUUGCUAUUGGUGAUGGUGCAAAUGAUGUUUCAAUGAUCCAGAUGGCUGAUGUUGGUAUUGGCAUCAGUGGACAGGAGGGUAGGCAAGCUGUUAUGGCAUCGGAUUUCGCAAUGGGUCAAUUUAGAUUUUUGGUCCCAUUAUUAUUGGUACACGGACAUUGGAAUUAUCAGCGGAUGAGUUACAUGAUAUUGUACAACUUCUACAGGAAUGCACUUUUGGUUCUCGUAUUAUUUUGGUACGCUCUCUUUACGGGUUUCACGUUGACAACUGCUAUCACCGAUUGGAGCAGUGUGUUGUAUUCAGUAAUCUACACGUCAUUGCCUACCAUAGUUGUUGGGAUUCUUGAUAAGGAUUUAAGUAGAACAACUCUGCUGAGGUAUCCACAACUUUAUGGGACCGGACAAAGGCAAGAAAGCUACAAUGGAAAAUUAUUCUGGGUAAUGAUUAUGGACACAUUGUGGCAAAGCGUAGCGGCCUUCUUUGCACCUCUGCUCGCAUAUUGGGAAAGCGAUAUUGAUGGAUCGAGCAUUGGAGAUCUUUGGAUAAUUGCAGUGGUAAUUUUGGUUAACUUACAUUUGGCCAUGGACAUCAUUCGCUGGUAUUGGAUAACUCAUGCAGCCGUCUGGGGAUCGAUUGUUGCUACUUUCAUUUGUGUCAUGGUUAUCGAUGCUCUUCCUUUCCUACCUGGUUACUGGGCUUUCUUUCAUGUUGCUGAUACUAAAUUGUUCUGGGCGUGCUUGCUUGGCAUCACUAUAGCAGCACUGGUUCCUCGUUUUGUUGUAAAAAUUUUCAUUCAGUAUUUCAGACCAGACGAUAUUCAGAUUUCAAGAGAGGCAGAGAAUGUCAAAAAUUCAAGGGAGUCUCGAGAUGCAGAGAUCGAGAUGAACCCAAUUUUCAAUCCUCCACGGAGAUAAACUAGUUUGUUUGUUUUAUUUUCAUACAUUUUUGUAUUUUCACUUCAUUUGUAAAAUCUGUCCCAUUCUUUAUACAGCAGCUACAGAAAAUUUCUUCAGCUUGCCGGGUUGUUUUUGUUCAUUAGGUUCUACUACAUAAAGGCUGUAAUUGUACAUUAUUUGUGUCUUCAACGGGGAAGGAAAUAUAUUGAUGAUAGUACAUAAAAGCUUUCGCCAA